AUGAGUAUCCACUCCUCACUGAAGACCGAAGGCAACCUGACCACCAAGCGCACUGUGAUGACCCGCACCGAGCGUGUCGCGGCGCUCAAGGACGAGAAGAAGCACACCAACAAAGACGGUGCGCUCGGUCUUCCAAAGACCAAAGUUGACAUGAUUGAGCAGCUCAUUGCGGAUCGUGCGGGCGCGAUCGAUGCAUCCGGAAUCCGUCGAAUCUUCAACCUCGCGUCCACGCUCAAGGACCCGAUCAACCUUUCGAUCGGUCAACCCGAUUUCCCAGUUCCCGAACUGAUCCGCAGUGCCGCGAUCGACGCGGUCGCGAAUCACCAGAACGGAUACACACUCACGCAAGGCGAUCCCAAGCUGCUCGCACGCGUCAUCGACUGGCUCAAGCUCGAUCUGGGAUGGGACUGUGCCGUGACAGGUCAGGGAGCAGCGGGGCAACCUACCGCGUUUGUGACCUCAGGAACCAGCGGGGCGCUCACGCUCGCGUUCAUGGCGCUGCUGAAUCCCGGAGACGAGUGCAUUAUCCCUGACCCGUACUUCGUGUGCUAUCCGCACCUCGCGACGCUGUGUGGAGCGAAGGCGGUGCCGUGUGAUACCUAUCCGGAUUUCCGAUUGACCGCGGAGCGUGUGGAGCCGUUGAUCAAUGAGCGGACGAAGUUUGUGCUGCUCAAUACCCCUUCGAAUCCGUCGGGUGUGGUGAUCAGCAAGGAAGAGGGCGCGAAGCUCCGAGCAUUGUGCAAGUCCAAAGGCGUGCUGCUGAUCUCUGAUGAGAUCUACGACGAGUUUGUGUUCAGCGAAUCACUUGGUGAUGUCGCGAAGGGUGAUGCGUCCAUGAAGCGCUGCCCGUCUCCGGCGCGUGAGGACGGGGCGCACGAGGACACCUUGCUCAUCCGCGGAUUCGGCAAGACCUACGGCUGCACCGGUUGGCGCCUCGGAUAUGUCGCGGGACCAUCGGCGAUAGUCGAUCAGAUGUCCAAGCUCCAGCAGUACACCUAUGUGUGUGCUCCCGCUCCGCUGCAAGCGGGAGUAGUCGCGAGCUUUGAUACGGAUAUGAGCGCCCAUGUCGCGGAGUAUGAAUCGCGCCGGGAUAUGGUCAUCGAGCGACUCUCCAAGCACACCAAGGUCGCGACUCCCGGCGGCGCGUUCUACGCGUUUAUUGAGGUCCCGGAAUCCCUCGGACUCAGCGGGACACAGUUUGCGGAGAAAUGCAUCGAGCGUGAGCUGUUGGUGAUCCCCGGCGGUGCGUUCUCCGAGCGCGAUACGCACUUCCGCAUCAGCUUCGCGACGGCGCGCGAUCGCUUGGAGAAGGGCCUCGAUAUUCUCGAAUCCCUGCUCAGCGGCAGCUAA